GUUUAUGAUAUGUGUUUAGUAGCGUUUUUAUUGUUUAAUAUAUCUAAUUAAAACAAAUAAAACGGUAUUAUAAGUAAGGAUGCUACGACGUUCAUAUAUAGUUCGAUCAGGUACAUCCUUUAUUCACGUUGUAUCAGGCAUAUCUAAUCAAACGAUGGCUACGUCUUUAAAGGAAAUACUUGAGCGACCACAACUUAAAGUUCAAUCACUUUCACUUAUACCACCACCCCGUUGGGCUGCCGAACUAUCUCGAAAAAUAAAAACUGUAUUCCCUGAGCUUCAACUGGCCCAUCAAACACGCCAGCUUCAGGCCUUUAUUCAUCCCAGCUUUAUAACAGACAAAAUAGAAUCUACUACAAUGCGCCAGCUUUCUCCAUUGGGCGAAGUUAUACUUCUUCAUAUAGUUUGUCGAUGGGUUUUUCAGAUUUUUGAGGAUUUAAAACGAGAAGAGGCUUCCUCUUUAAUAGCUGUUUUAGUCAGUGAUCUAUCUCUUUCUCGUAUAGUCAGAGAUGUGUGGAGACUAGAGAACAUGGUGCUAACUGACGCCUCAGCCAAUUUGUUUUCUCGUGAGAAAUUGAGAUCUGCUAAGGGUUUAAUGCAGUGGCUAGCUGUAGGCGAGAAGAAUGGAAUGCCUGAUCCGUUUCUAGCCGAAUGCUUAAAAGCGUUUAUCACGGUUGUGUAUAUAGAAAAGGGAAUGGAUUCUGCUAUUUCAUUUUGCCAUGAACAUAUUCUCCCAUAUCUUGAAUAAUUAAGAUAGAUGCAUAUACCUAAUAUCAAA